AUGGCUAAAGUACAAUUGGCAAACGUUGCUGUGCUUGAUAAUCCAUCACCGUUUCUUAAUCCCUUUCAGUUUGAAGUCACAUUUGAGUGCAUUGAAGAACUGCAAGAAGAUCUUGAAUGGAAGAUGAUUUACGUUGGUAGUGCUGAGUCUGAAGAAUUUGAUCAAGUACUUGAUACUAUUUAUGUUGGACCCAUUCCUGAGGGCAGACACAUGUUUGUUUUCCAAGCUGACCCGCCAGAUGUAAGCAGAAUUCCCGUAAAUGAUGCCUUGGGAGUGACUGUUGUUCUUCUUACCUGCUCAUACAGAGGUCACGAGUUUGUCCGUGUCGGUUAUUUUAUAAAUAAUGAGUAUACAGAUCCCGAGCUUCGUGAAAAUCCACCAGCGCAGCCACAGUUUGAGAAAGUACAACGUAAUAUCCUGGGUGACAAGCCAAGAGUCACGAGAUUUAAAAUAAACUGGGAUGAUGGAACACCAACAGGACCUGCUAAUGAAGAUAAUGGAGACGAAGAUAAUGGAGACAAUGAAGGUGUUGGAGAUAAUGAAAACAGACUUAAUGGCUCGAUGGAUUCAAUGGGUGCGAAUCAUGACAUGGAGGACAGUUCACAGGAGGAACCUCCAACGUCUUUAGGCUUCAAGGAAACCUCUCAAAAUAGUAUGGAAGUAAUGUGA